GUCUAUAUACAAACAUUGACACAUACCAGUUGGUUUCGCCCUUCUUCCUCCAUGGUUUAGCCAACUGUAGAAUGGGGGGCGCUAUUUGCAUCACUAUUAUUAUAGUGAUUACGUAAUGGCUUUCAUGGCGACGGUACACAUUCAUUCUAUUCAGCUAGCUGUACAAGGCCUUCAUGCUACUGAGUUGUAUUGCAUUAACAACAUACAGAGCAGCAGGGACCAAUAGUCGAACUGUCACUUGUAAGACAAUCUACUUCAUUCCUUGACGAGUAUUACAUGUUUAAAAAAAAUCAUCUUAUGGUGUCCAUUGAACACUUGCUGUGUCUUGUAGUUGGCUUCGUUUGUUGCUAGGGUCAUUUAAUUAUAUCACAGAUACAGUGUAUUGGGCUGUGCAUUCACGCAGCAACCGUACACGAAGACAACCAUUUUGAAUGCUUACCGAUCCAAAGGGAAAGGGAGAAACUGCAGAAUUUGAUGAUAGUAAGUAUACAAACGCAAAGAUCAUGCUGAUUUUCACCUGUCGGCGCUGGAAUGGAAGACAGCUCGCCAUCUUGGUUGUGGCGGCAAGUAUAGGAUUAGUGGCGUGGUCCGGCUGGAAACGCCACAAUGAGCAAAUGAACCGAAUGAAACGGUUGAAAGACUUCGACCCCACAUUAGUACGGUUUGUUGAGGCACCGAAGUUACCGGGCGUAGGAGCGACUCAGAGCCCCUGGCAGGAUGCCGUCUCAGACCCACGCCCAGUCGUCCUCGCAACCACGAACAAAGCCUUCUUGGACUUCACUGAAAACUGGUUGGAAAGCAUCAAGCGAGUGGGCACUAAGCCACGGAUUCUAGUCGUAGCCGAAGACGAAGAAACGCAGCGGUUUCUCUACGGGAGACCGGACGUCCACGUGGUGAUUUCAGAGGGUUUCAAAAUACCCGCUCACAAACUGGAGUGGGACUCACCUAUCUACAACGCUAUGGUGAACAAGCGGCCGGCUUACAUCUAUCAACUCCUAGAAAAAGGACACCAUGUGCUCUUUAGUGACGUUGACACUGUGUGGUUGAAGGAACCAUUCCAGUUUCUUGAUGGUGAGUUUGACAUAGCAGUAGAAGAAGACCAACACAAACCGUACAUCGCUUACUGCGCAGGGUUCGUCUACUUUAGGUGUACAGAAAAGACCAAAGAGUUCGUAAAGGAAUGGCUCCGCCGAUUGCACGAAUCACAGACUAGUAUCUCAGAUCAGGUGAUUAUGAAUAAAAUGCUGAUCGAAGAGAAGCUCCCAGGAUUAAGAAAGAAAGUGAUGUCAUCCCAGAUUUUCCCGAAUGGCAAACUUUACUUUGCUAAUUCUCAGUUUUAUGAGAACCACCACGAGAAAGCGGCUGUAGUGCAUAAUAAUUGGGUACAGAGCAAGGAGGUCAAACUGCAACGGUUCAAAGCAAACAAUUUGUGGUUCGUUGAAGACAGAGAAGGGUAAAGCAGUGACCUGUCAACUCUUACAUACUGCGAGGCCAUUUUGUUUGUUGUUGCAUUCCGAGUUUGUCCAAUCGCAAACUUGGGAAUUGCUACUAUAGGUGUUUACACAAAAUGUGAUCAAAACCAUAUCUUUAAAGGAUUUGGUUACUUUUUGUAACACAAAACACAAUGUCCACAGAUUUACAUU